AUGGCUCGGAUUCGGUACAGACCCUCGACUGAGGGAAUAAAAAAGACGCCUUGCUGGGUCAAGUGUUAUUGUUUUAGUUGCUGCAUUAUAAUUUUGGCUGCUAUCGCAAUACCUAUUACAAUAGCGCUUCUCAAAAAGGAUCUUAAAAUUAAGUUCAUGGGGGUAAUACCAUCGCCUGACGAAACAGUCUCGUAUGCAGAUAACAAUACUGCAUUCAAUGCUAACGCAGGAUUUCUUCGGUUUAAUGUCUUCAAUUCUCUCAGCGUUAAAACAACUGCUAUGACAAGCGCAAGGGCUUACUAUUAUUUUGGUCAUUUGCACGAAACGUACUACAAAGACAAGUAUUUUGGGAUUGGCAGUCUAGACGUACACCUGAAGGCUAAAUCUAAUGCGACAAUAGAUAUACCCUUCUCGAUCGCCUAUAGUACAAAUAAAGAUUAUCAUCUGAGUAUCAUCAACGAUAUAAUCGAAAAAUGUGGCUUCACUGGUCGCAAGCCACAACCAUUGCAAAUCUAUUAUACGGCAGAAUUUACCCAGAGAAUAGCGUUUGUAAUACUCACCAUCAAUAGUUACGAUGGCUUCACAAGCAUUGAUUGUCCAUUUAAGGAUGGAAAAGUGCCUCCAAUACCUGGUGUUUAUAUCG